AUGCAACCCAACCUGGCGCUGAUCUACUUCAUCUUCGGGGGGAUCCUGCCCGGCGCCACAGCUAGGAGGAAGCAGAUGGAGCCCGGGCCAUGUGAGCUGCCCCGAUCGCAGGGAGAGCUAAACUCCUUCUUGUGGACCAUUCAACGGGACCCCCCGGCCUACCUGUUUGGCACCAUCCACGUGCCCUACACGCGAGUCUGGGACUUCAUCCCUGAGAACUCCAAGGCAGCGUUCCAGGCCAGCUCCAGCGUGUACUUCGAACUGGACCUCACUGAUCCCUACACCAUCUCAGGCCUGGCCAGCUGCCAGAUGCUGCCCCACGGCGAGAACCUGCAGGACGUGCUGCCCCGGGAGCUCUACCGCCGCCUCAAGCGGCACUUGGAGUACGUCAAGCUGAUGCUGCCACACUGGAUGACCCCAGACCAGCGGGGCAAGGGGCUGUACGCUGACUACCUCUUCAAUGCCAUCGCCGGCAACUGGGAGCGCAAGAGGCCCGUCUGGGUGAUGCUGAUGGUCAACUCCCUGACUGAGACGGACAUCCGCUCCCGAGGGGUGCCUGUGCUAGACCUCUACCUGGCCCAGGAGGCCGAGCGGAUGAAGAAGAGGACAGGGGCUGUGGAGAGGGUGGAAGAGCAGUGCCACCCACUGAAUGGGCUCAAUUUCUCCCAGGUGCUGUUUGCUUUGAACCAAACCUUGCUACAACAUGAAAGUCUACGAGCAGGCAGCUUGCAGGCCCCAUACACUACUGAAGAUCUCAUCAAGCAUUAUAACUGUGGAGACCUGAACACUGUCAUAUUCAAUCAUGAUACUUCUCAGCUCCCUAACUUCAUCAACACAACGCUCCCUCCACAUGAGCAAGUGACGGCUCAGGAGAUAGACAGCUACUUCCGACAGGAGCUCAUUUACAAGAGGAACGAGAGGAUGGGGAAAAGAGUGAUGGCCCUUUUAAAUCAGAACACAGACAAGAGCUUCUUCUUUGCCUUUGGAGCAGGUCACUUCCUGGGUAACAAUACUGUGAUUGAUGUGCUGAGACAAGCAGGCUUUGAAGUGGAGCAUACACCUGCUGGACAACCAAUUGGAAACUCAAGGACAAAGAACACAAACCCUUCUUCAGGGGGGUCCUCAGGAACAGCUGUAUCUGCUGUCCAUAUUUUUGAGCAUGUACCAGUGUCUUCUCCCUCUUCGAUGCCUCUUCAGUCAGAUGAAGAAGACAGCCUUCCACCGCACCUCCUGCUACCAGAUAGCAUCAGCCAGCUGGAAGAGUUUGGCCGUCAGAAGAAAUGGCAUAAGAAGCAGCACAAACACCAUCGCCAAAGGCAGUUCAAUGACCUGUGGGUUCGAAUAGAGGACGGCACGACCACGCUACCUUCCCACGUCAGGAUAACCAAUGGCUACAUUACAGUCAAUCCUCCCAUUUGGUUUUCAAACCAACUGGAUCAGAGACCACGUUCGGAUCUCCCGUUCCACCAUCAGCCAAAAAGCUCAGCUGCUGGCCGCGUAUUGGCACCAUCCAUAACUGCUUCUUUCUAUGUGGCAAUAGCGUCUUUUCUCCUGAGUCUAUUGAGGCCUUCCUGA